AUGCAACACAUAACGGGGGUUUCAGAUACCUUGAGGAAUCCCUACUUCUUUCGUCUACUUGAUCUAGAAAAGAAUCCAGAAACCAACCCCAUAAAACAUCCCCGUUCUCUGAAAGUUUCUCAUCAGGAGUUUAGGAAUUUUCAGUACCUGUCAGGGACCGGACCUUCCCAGGCUGUCAGCCAAAUCCACGAGCUCUGCUGGAAAUGGCUGCAGCCAGAGACCCAUACCAAGGAGCAGAUGAUGGAGCAACUAGUGCUGGAACAGUUUCUGAACACCCUGCCAGAGGAAGUUCAGAUAUGGGUGAGGUUGAAACAGCCCAAGAAUAGCAAGGAGGCUGGAAACCUGGUUGCAAACAUGAUCCAGGCAUGUGGGGAGAAAGGUUUUCCUUCUCACGACUCUGCCCUUACAGAAAAGAGAAACACCAGAAAACACCAAAAGAAGAACACAAAGAUGUUAGACAACCUACCAUCAGCCAGGUCCCAGUGGUUCUUGGACUUUGAUCAUCUAGAAGCAUUUCUGCUGUUUUAGGAGUUGGUGACCUUCAAGGAUCUGGUUGUGGACUUCAGCCCAGAGGAAUUAAGCUACCUUAGUGCUGUUCAGAGGAACCUCUGCCGGGAGGUGACACUGGAGAACUACAGGAACCUGGUCUCUGUAGGCCAUCGGUUCUCUAAACCUGACAUCAUCUUACGCCUGGAAGAGGAGGAGUCAUGCGUGAUGGAGGAAGACAGUAACACAGUGAUAAGUCAGGGAAAAUCUUUUUGUGAUGACCUGUCGGAAUCACACCAGGGCAACCAGGAGAAACUUCUGCAUCCUGUAACAAUGAGUGACCCUAAGACCCUUGCUUAGGAAAGAAGUUGUGGUAGUGAUGAAUUUGAGGAAAGCUCUAAUCUUACUGAGCAACCAGAAAGUCCUCUAGGAAAAGAUCAAGAGUGUAUUACUCCUGGAAUAUAUACCAGUCCUCAGCCAGUACACAAUGAGCCUCUUCUCCAAGAUACCAAACACAACAGAUGCAAAUUUUGCAAAAGAACCUUUAGCACCAAAACGGCCCUUGGGAGACAUGAGCAGAUCCAUACUGGGAAGAAACACUUCAAAUGUAAACAAUAUAGUGAAAUCUUCUAUCUCAUGCCAUACCUCCCGAGAUAUCGGAGCACUUAUUCUGGUGAGAAGCUCUCUGGAUGCAACGAAGGUGGAAAGUCUUUCAUCCAGCGUGCAAUUCUCUGUGGGCGUGUAAGAAUUUAUAGUCAGGAGGACUGCUAUGAAUGUUUUCACUAUGGCAAAGCCUUUAUCCAGGAUGUGCAUUCUUUUCAACAUCUCAAAGACCAUCAGGCAGCAAGAGCCCUUCCCCCUAGGUUGCCCUGCAACAAGACAUAUUAAAUUAGCUAUCGGUGGAAACAUGACUAUGUUGGAGAGAGAGCCUGCCAGUGUUGCGACUGUGGCAAAACCUUCAGUCAGAGGUCACGUCUCAGUCAGCAUUAUUGGAUUCAUGCUCAAGAGAGGCCUUACCAGUGUCAGCUGUGUGGGAAAUGUUUCAGCCUACCCUCAGACCUCACUCAACAUUAUCAACUCCAUGCUCAAGAGAAACCCGUUGAGUGCAAUGACUGUUGA